AUGUCGAUUUUACCGAAAGGGGAUUCGAUUCAAAUCCGAGAAGUGUGGAGUGAUAAUCUUGAUGAAGAGUUUGCUAUAAUCCGUGAGAUUGUUGAGAAGUAUAAUUAUGUUGCUAUGGACACCGAGUUCCCCGGCGUGGUUCUUCGCCCGGUGGGGGCCUUCAAGAACAUCAAUGAUUAUAACUACCAGACCCUGAAGGACAAUGUCGAUAUGUUGAAAUUGAUUCAAUUGGGUCUCACUUUCUCUGACAAGAAUGGUAAACUUCCCGAUCUUGAUACCCAGAACCAAUACAUUUGGCAAUUCAAUUUCCGUGAGUUCAAUGUAAGCGAAGACAUCUUUGCUAGCGAUUCGAUUGAGUUGCUGCGGCAAUGUGGGAUUGAUUUUAAGAAGAACAAUGAGAAGGGAAUUGAUGUGAAGCGGUUUGGUGAGCUCUUGGUGUCUUCAGGGGUUGUAUUGAAUGCUGAAGUGCAUUGGGUUACUUUUCAUAGUGGAUAUGACUUUGGAUACUUGCUUAAGCUAUUGACUGGUCUGAGUUUGCCCGACUCCCAAGCGGGUUUCUUUGAAUUGAUCAAGGCCUUCUUCCCAGUGGUGUAUGAUAUCAAGCAUUUGAUGAAGUUCUGCAAUAGCCUUCAUGGUGGGUUGAACAAGCUUGCAGAAUUGUUGGAAGUGGAAAGAGUUGGUGUGUGCCAUCAAGCAGGCUCAGACAGUUUGCUUACAGCUUGUACGUUUAGGAAAUUAAGGGAUACCUUUUUCGGUGGCACAGCUGAGAAAUAUGCUGGUGUAUUGUAUGGUCUCGGUGUUGAGAAUGGACAGAGUACUAAUUGA